GGGCCGCGGGGUACCCAGAAGGCAGGCAGUGGAGGAGCCUUAGACAUGUAGACGUGAAACCGAGACGAUGGGUUAGGUAGUGGGGCCAGGAUGUCGAGACCCGAGGGUGCUGAGCGUAGGAACUGGAUGGAGGAGCCCCGAGCGAAAGUGGGGAAUUGGGUUAGUGGGGCUCUGGGGAUGUACCUAGAGAGGAAACGAAGAGAGGCCACGGAUGUAACUAGCGAUGGGGAGGCCCUCAGGGCGCCUAGUGGGGAUGGAGAGCUAGGAGGGCGUGGGGGCCAGAGACGGAGGCUGCUGCGGUGGUCCUGCGGGGAGAGGAUGCCACCUGAGCCGGGGCUGAGAGGAAGCGACCCAAAGGGCCCGGGUGUGAAACGAGAGGCCGUGAAGAUCUGCCGCUCCAGAUGCUGCUGCUGCCGCCGCGGCCACCCCACCCUCGGUCUUCCUCUCCGGAGGCCAUGGACCCACCGCCCCCCAAGACUCCCCCUUUCCCCAAGACGGAAGGCCCUUCCUCUACUCCUUCCUCAGCGGCGGGGCCCCGGCCCCCGCGGCUGGGCCGCCACCUGCUCAUCGACGCCAACGGGGUGCCCUACACAUACACGGUGCAGCUGGAGGAGGAGCCCCGGGGCCCGCCGCAGCGCGAGGCACCCCCGGGAGACCCCAGCCCUCGCAAGGGCUACAGCUGCCCGGAGUGCGCCCGUGUCUUUGCCAGCCCUCUGCGGCUGCAGAGCCACCGCGUGUCGCACUCGGACCUCAAGCCCUUCACGUGCGGCGCCUGCGGCAAGGCCUUCAAGCGCUCCAGCCACCUGUCGCGGCACCGCGCCACGCACCGCGCGCGCGCCGGCCCGCCGCACACCUGCCCGCUCUGCCCCCGCCGCUUCCAGGACGCCGCGGAGCUGGCGCAGCACGUGCGCCUCCACUGAGUCCCCGACCCGCCGAGCUGCGCCGCCCUGUGCGGGCCGCCACGCCACUCCCACACACCUCCCUGCCUCUGCUGAGGGUACUGUCUUACCCUGGGUCUCAGUUUCCCCAUCUAUCCAAAGGGAGAGACAUUCCUUCCUUCUUUCCUUCCCUCUCUCCCUAGCUGUGUGAUGUAGACCGAGUCGUUGCCCUUCCCUGGGCCUGGGAGCCAGUCGGAACUGGGUUCCCGGUCCAGCUGUGCUGUGUGAGCCUUUGCAAGUGACAUAACCUUUCUGAGCCUUGGUUUUCUGCUCGGCAGUGGUGAACGGUUGUCUGCGCGGUAGAUUUGACAAGAGCAUUGGCACGGUCUGGUUCAUUUCUGUAUCUGCCCCCUUCCAUCCACUACCCUCACUCUUUACUCAAUAAACAUUCCACACUCCA